AAAUAGCUUUUUACUGCUGAUUUCUUUCACAACUUGUGUGGAAGAAAUAAUUGUUUUGGCUUUUAUCCAUCUAACUAAAUAAAUUUUCUGUACAAAUUUUCAAUAAAGUAGGUACCUACAAUGGUGGUCACCGUCGAUGUUAAUCUGCCUGAGGAGUCGGAAUUGACCGUUCCUGAGGUCAAUCUUUCUCAGGCAACUUUGAUGGCUGGGUCUUUUCACCUAGGCAAAUAUUGCGAGGCUGCUAAUAAUGAGUUUAUGCUCUGUCGCAUGGAAGAAAAUGACCCUCUGAAAUGCAUCAACGAGGGUAAAGCAGUCACGGCGUGCACUAUGGAUUUCUUCCAUAAAGUGAAGAGGUCCUGCAUGAAGGAGUUCAACCAGCAUGCCAACUGCAUCGAUAAGAGCUCUGGGGACUUCUCAUUCAGAUACUGCCGCAAAACUCAGGACGUGUACGAUACGUGCAUGCUGGAAAAACUGAAUAUGGAGCGUCCAGAUUUUGGCUACUUCACUGAGGCACGAGUACACGACAGCAAGAGACCCAAACCACUUCCCGAACCCAAGACCCACUACCCGGACGCGACUCCCGCUUUACCAGAGAACGCAGAGAAGAAACCAGCGAGAUUCACCUCUCGCUUGUACUGGAUAACGGAGUAGGCGCCCAAAUGGGUGCGAGCGAGACGGGUGAUGCGACAGUGCUUCGCUUCAAAUGUUGCAGGCUUGAGUUCUAGGAUUUGAAUUUUGUCACCUCAAUACUGGCCAUUUGUAACCGUUCUUUUUUUUGGUACAUCAUUUUUUUUUGCUAUGCAUUAAUGGCUAGAUAUUUUUCUAAGUUGUAAUUUGAAAUAUAGGUUAUGUGACAUAUUCUAUAAGCGAUAAAUGAAGCAUCAUCCUAAAAUAUUAAACAAAAUUACGAAAAGUAACAGAUUUAUUUAUUAGUUAAAUCAAAAAUCAUGUUAAUAUCAUCUUGCAUCUUGUAUAACUAUUACUAUAUUACCUAAGCCGUAAUUUUUCGUAUUCGUUUUAAGACUUCAAACUUCUUCAAACUUAAUUUGUUACUUUAUGUAAUUUUAAAAUAGUAAUUUAAAAGAUGUGUAGAGUAAUAAAGACGUUGGAUUUAA